AUGGACCAGAAGCACUUGGAAGUCUUAGCUUCCAAGAAGUCCCAGGAGCUUCAGCUGCUUCAAAGCACUUUGGGCAAGUCCGUGAGGUUCAAUGACAUGGAAGCGAGCAUUAUGAGACACUUGACUCGGGAUGCGAAUUGGAGAUGGCUACCCAGUCGCGGCUUGCAGGUAGCUAUCCCGCAGGACUCCGGGCAACUUUGGAUAUCGCGUGAGCCUGUUCAUGACCUUGAGAAUCGAAUUCGACCGUCAAUUUUGGGCCCCAAUGCCGAGCCGGAUCCCAAUGCUGGACGUGCACUAGAGGAACAGGAAUAUGUAUGGCUGCUUGCACAAAUUCUGCAUUAUGGUCUCUGUUUCGCGGCGACACCUCUUGAUGCCACAGCCAUUAUCGCGCGUGCUCUCUUGAAGUGUAAUUUACAGCAACCAUGCCGUCUUGCUCAGUUGGCAAGGAGAUUGAGGGGCGAGUAUGAAUGUCGGGGAAAUACACAGCAGCAGUCGUCCAUAUUCAGACAGCAGAACGCUUCAAGAAAGGAGCAGGGGACCACGGGCCAAGUCCAGCUCGGUGCCGCUCCUUCGAUUAGUCCGCGAAGGACCGUCGACAAGGUACUGUCUGAGAAAGCAAGAGGAAAGUUAAGGACUACAUCAUCUCUUGUUCCCGACUGUCAUCUUGAAAGCACCAAGGCCAACGAUACUCAGCCUGAAAACUACGGGGAAGGUGUCGACGAUGGUGGUCAAAGUGUCACCGACUCAGACGCAGGCGCACAGCCAACAGAACGACUGUGCACAGUCAGGCAACGUCUUCCGUCUUCUAGCCCACGUUCAGGCCGCACGAGACAGAUGUCGCCCCCGAUUCAAGUCCUUGGUGAAGGCGUUUUCGGCGGCUUUACCAAUUGGCUAAGCCGCCCACUUAGCCUCUCUCGCUGGAUCACCCAUGUCUGUUCGCCUCGGGCGACGAAUAGAACCUGCAACUCAGGCAGCAAGGGGGAAGAACUAGUGGCCGGCGUGAAAGGUCACCCUAUUGUGAUUGAUGAACAGGGUGCUGGAAAUGCUGCUGAUGGCCGGCUACGGCCGCUAACAGGACACGGUGCGAAGAUAACGACGGAAGUUUCGGACCAGCGAACCAUCGCAGCGACUGGAAAGCCUGCCGAUAUACCUUUCGUCAGCAAGUCUAUUUGUCCAGUGCCGCUCAGCAAGCCAGCCAUUGUCAUCAACAACAGAUGCGAGCGGCGCUCUUCUUUUGCUCCCUCAAGAGUUGACGACGCUUUCCCGUCCGCUAAACCCGCUGUUGGGCGUCAGUGGGGGAAAGCAAAGGCCCCUGUUGUCGCCCCAAAUAGCGCUUCUGGUGGUGGCACAGUAUCAGAGGCACAGCAGACCAAGGGCCAUGGUCAAACGAAUCAAGACAAGGUCGACUCUAACACGAGACUUCUACAAGACUCAGUACCGCCUACGGAAUCUGGCACGAGUGUGGUCGACAGAUCUGCUCUGGGGUGUACGAUUUCGACGUCGAAUUCCGAGAAGCGCCCUUCAACCGGCAUACUCCGUCGUACUACUGACCAUGACAAUCAACAGAGCGUUAAUAGGAAGGACAUGGUUUCCAGAUCUGCAAAGACACACGAUGCUGUACGGAGCGACCAGCCAGAUAGGGACGACGCGAGGAAGAAGCGAAGCAAGAACCAAAGGAGCAGGAGUCGUACGAAGCACCGUCAUGGCCAGACUCCGGACGCAACAAUGAACCCUCCACAAUCAAAAGCUAAGCUAUCUGGCAAUCGACCGUCUUUUGUGGUAGCUGCCACGCACCUCAAAAGCUCGCAACAGCCGUCAACGGGCACCAAGCCAACCACUUCUCCAUCCCUGAGACAGAAGCAACCGGCGCUGGCGCCAGACAUCAUGAUUGGUGACCUGAUCUCCCUCCCUCCAUCCUCAAUUUCGCAAAUGUCGCUGACGCCGGCAUCUAACCGCGGACAUACAUCUCGAGGGCCACGGUCGAAGCCGCCGUUGUAG